CGGCGAGGACGCACCCACUCAGUAGCUGUGUCGCCGGCUGCCUGGGGGCCUGGAUAGUGAGGCUGCGUGGGCCCGACUGCCGGCUGGAGGACUUCAGGUGGAGAAAAAAACCGGAGCCGGAUAAACACUGCAGAAAAGUGUGCCAACAGAGCUAGCAGAACCACAUCUGUAGGUAUACGUGGUCACCAUGAAGCGGCUGCACCCAGCUCUCCCUAGCUGCCUCCUAUUGGUGCUGUUUGGUAUAUGGAGAACUGCCCCCCAGACUCAUGCCUCAUCUGCUAGCCUGCCGCCCCUCAGUGCCACCUCCUUCCUUGAAGAUCUCAUGAGCCGCUAUGGAAAGAAUGACAGCCUUACUCUUACACAGCUGAAGUCCCUGCUCGACCACCUACAUGUGGGAGUGGGCCGGGAUAAUGUUUCUCAGCCCAAGGAAGAACACAGGAACCUCUCCACGUGCUUUAGCUCUGGAGACCUCUUUGCCGCCCACAACUUCAGCGAGCGAUCUCGGAUUGGGAUGAGUGAGUUCCAGGAGUUCUGCCCCACCGUUCUCCAGCAGUUGGAGUCCCAGGCAUGCACCUCAGAAAACCAGAAGAGUGAGGAAAAUGAAGAGACAGAGGAGGGGAAGCCAAGCGCCAUUGAAGUAUGGGGGUACGGUUUCCUCUGCGUUACCGUCAUCUCCCUCUGCUCCCUCAUGGGGGCCAGCGUGGUGCCCUUCAUGAAGAAGACUUUUUACAAGAGGCUGCUGCUCUACUUCAUAGCCUUGGCGAUUGGAACCCUCUACUCCAACGCCCUCUUCCAGCUCAUCCCAGAGGCUUUCGGUUUCAACCCUCAGGACAAUUAUGUCUCCAAGUCCGCAGUGGUGUUUGGGGGUUUCUACCUUUUCUUUUUCACAGAAAAGAUCCUGAAGAUGCUACUGAAGCAGAAAAACGAGCAUCAUCAUGGACAUAACCAUUUUACCUCAGAGACACUUCCUUCCAAGAAGGACCAGGAGGAGGGUGUGACAGAGAAGCUACAGAAUGGGGACCUGGAUCACAUGAUCCCUCAGCACUGCAACAGUGAGCUGGAUGGCAAGGCCCCUGGCACGGACGAGAAGGUCAUCGUAGGCUCCAUGUCUGUGCAGGAUCUGCAGGCAUCCCAGAGUGCUUGCUACUGGCUCAAAGGGGUCCGAUAUUCUGAUAUUGGUACCUUGGCCUGGAUGAUCACCCUGAGCGAUGGUCUUCACAAUUUCAUCGAUGGCCUGGCUAUUGGUGCCUCCUUCACUGUGUCUGUCUUCCAAGGCAUCAGCACAUCAGUGGCCAUUCUCUGUGAGGAAUUCCCUCACGAGCUGGGUGACUUCGUUAUCCUGCUCAAUGCUGGCAUGAGCAUCCAGCAGGCUCUCUUCUUCAACUUCCUCUCUGCUUGCUGCUGCUAUGUAGGUCUGGCCUUUGGCAUCCUGGCUGGCAGCCACUUCUCUGCAAACUGGAUUUUUGCACUAGCUGGAGGAAUGUUCUUGUAUAUUGCUCUAGCCGAUAUGUUCCCUGAGAUGAAUGAGGUCUGCCAGGAGGAUGAGAAGAAGGACAGCUUUUUGGUUCCCUUUAUCAUCCAGAAUCUUGGCCUCCUAACCGGCUUCUCCAUUAUGCUGGUCCUCACAAUGUAUUCAGGGCAGAUUCAGAUCGGGUAGGACCCUGCCAGUGGAGAGCCAGUGGCAUUGGACAUCUGGGCCCCCAUCUGGUCCCUUGCCUGAGGACUCAGCAUCCACAAAGCAUCAUGGAAAAGGCAGCUCUUUAAAAACUGGCACAGACUGCCUGCCUGCAUUCAGAUGUCAGCUGUUUCAAAUGCUCUGUCCUAGGAAGAAGCUGCCCUGUAGGUAGUGCCUCGAACUGUUGUCUCCUGACUUUUUCCACUGAUGAUUCUGGAACUGAAACACCACAUGUAGGACACACUUCUCUUUUCCUUCUGGUCACCCUCCUCCAUUUCUCUUGGAAGAAGCACUGAGAGAUGUGGAAUCUUUUACAAUGUCAAAAAUGAAGCCAGCGGUCAUGGUUUGGUUAGAAAUAUCAGUGUGGCUUCCAGCUUUGGGGCCUGUGAGUCUAAAUGUGUGUACCCAGGAUUUCAGGUCAGUCCAUCUUGGCAUGGGUUCUCAUGUUUGUACAGAGAAGAGGGCAGAAGACAAGAAUCCUGUUUUUUUCGGUCUGUUAACUAUUCUCUGAAAAGGCUGACUUUCAAUGAGUAGGACAGGCAGAGAGGCAGGGGAUCUUCUGAGUGAGAAGGAUGUAGAAGUAGUGAUGGAUGUCCUGUCUCCUUGGUGCUUGGUUUCCAUAGGAUGAUGCGUGCGGGUUGCGUGCAGCAUCUGGAAUCACACAACCAGCCAGGUGAGCCACUGUGGACAUUGUCUGGAGUGGCAAGAGGCCUGCGAAAUCUGCUGGCUUUGCCCUGAUUCUCUCUCACGCCUUCCUAUUGGCUUCCUUUUUCUAGAUACUUUGUAGAUGCCUCACUAGGAGCACACUCAGCACAUUUAAAGGGGUUUGCAUUAGGAGGGAAAUUGCACAAAUUAAUCUCCCCUGGUUGAGACCUCUGCCCAGUAGAACCUGACUCAUGAAAUUGGGACACAGUUACUUGUUUAUUAUGCCUUUUUGUGACCAAGGUAAUCCAGAAUGGAGUCAUGGCAGGCCAAACUUAGGACUUGCUAAUUGCAGAAAUAAUAGUUGAAUACCAUGGGACUCUAGACCUCGAGGUCAAAUCUUGAGAUCAGGACUGCAGACGUCAUUGUUGCCAGUGGGUUUUAAAGGGCACUGUCUAGCUACCACUUCCUCCCUAGUCCCAGACAACAAGAUUGAAUACUGAAUUGAAUUGAGUGUAAAUUGCUUUCAUUUUGGUCCAGAAAAAAAAACGGAUGCUUGACAUUUUGUACCACAAGCCAGCCUCAGGCGCUGUGCAGCCCCCUCCUCAGAACCCUGGCUUCCAGGGGAGCUAAUCUCCAGGUUCACUACGUGAAUUAAUUUAUUAUUAUCAUAUUGAUACAUGGAUUCCUUAGCCACUUUGGGGAGCCAGUCUCUCCCAGAGCCUUUCUUAGUGGUGCCCACAGCCCAGGAACCGACCGUUGUUUGCAUGACUGACAGUACUGAAUCAUUGCCAAUGCCUGAGUCUUUCUGUUUUUACCACAGGAAAACUGUCCAUUAAAAACAGCAUGCAUGCAUAUAUAUAUAUAUAUAUAUAUAUAUAUAUAUAUAUAUAUAUAUACACACACACACACACAUAUAUGUAUAUGUGUGUAUAUAUAUGCACACAUACAUACAUAUAUAUGUGUGUGUGUAUAUGUGCAUGCAUGCGUGUGUUCAUUCUUGUUCUUUUUGGGGAAACAUUCUUGAAAACAGGAAUCCUGGUAACACAACUGGGGAAGCUUAGAGAUUUGCUCAGUUUCUCUCCCCACUCUUGCCUCUUGCCUUUGAGGAGAGGCAGAAAGAAGAGGAAACUUGAGCAAUGAUUGAAUGUCAGGACCAGGUCCUGGUAGGCUUAGAGUCCAGUUUUACCAAAGAACCAGUUCCUUCAAUGUUAGAAUCUAAGCUUUUAAGUUACUGUCAUAGUUGUCAUUAGUGUUAGAAGACAAGUCUCAUCUUCUCUGUUUUAUUUCUCCUACAACUGCUUCAGGAGCUAGCAGAAAUUGACACUCAAAAUGUAAGACUGAGCAGAGUGUGGUGGCUCACACCUGUAAUCUCAGCCUGUAGGAGGCUGAGUCCGUAGGCUCAAGUUUUAUAUCAGCUUGGGCUUCAUAGUGAAUUGCAGGCCAGUCUGGGCUGCAUAUCGAGCUCCUGUGUCCAAAAGACAAAAUGAAGAUAAAAAUAUAAAAUUUAAGAUUGUAGGUCUGAGGGUGUGGCUUAGUGCUAGAGCUUUUGUCCAAUGUGUAUGUGACACCCUGAAUUUCAUUCCCAGUACCACCACAGCCCCCCCAGAAAGACUGAAAGAUUCUGCUUUACCUAGUUCAUGCAUUGUAUUCUCAACCUUAGAAUCUCCCCUAGAGCCUGUUCUUCUUUAAAUGCCCUUGUGCUGGAGUAGGAGGGUGGCUUAGUUUGUAUAAAAGACCCUUACAAGGAGUCUUAACCAUGAGAUAGAGUGUUUGCCAUGCACCUUUCCCUGAACUCAAGAACUUUGUGCAGGCAGCUGCCUUGAAAGGAGAUCCCGGGGCUUUUUCAGAGCAGAAGGCUGGCAUCAGUCUGACUCAGGUGGGGCGUGGGAGCCGAGCUCCAGCCGUCCAGCUGAUGAUCCAUUGCUGUUGGUGACAGAUCUGCCCCAUGAGUUGAAAAUGUGGCCAUUGACUUUUUUUUUUUUUUUUUUUGACUUUUAAAUGUUGUACCUGCUGUUUUAAGCAUCUGUACAUAUUAGAGGUCUAAGGGGUGGUGAGUUGCUUAGCAGACAUUUCUCCCUUGGCCUCACUGCCCGUAGCUUCUGUCCCCGGUUAACACUAGCAAGGAAAGUGCUUGUCACACUGAGGAGCCCUUAACCAGGCCUUGGGUUCUGUCACCAAGCACCUCAUCUCUGACCUCACCUUCAGUCCUCCAUCCCCACCCUCCAAUAUUUAAUGUCAGCAGGGGGAGCAUUCUCCAGUACCCUGCACCUGGGUUUUAAAAGACUUCUCUCUGUCUGGAUCACCUAGGAUCCAGUUUUAGUGAACCCUCUUCCAAAGAGAUACAGAUAAGCUGGGUGACUUUUGCAAAACGAAAGAUUUUAUUCAUAGUUCUCUUUACAGUUCCGUCACAGUAUUUUUUUAAAUAACUCAGGUGUUAUGAGAAGAAUUAGAAGAUAAAAUAACUUAUGUCAUGUGAACUGUAAAUGUUUUAUUUGUAAGAUUCCAUAAAUAAAACUAUAUUCUGUAA